AUGAUUCGCACGUAUUGGUGUGUCCUUCUUACUGCCCUCGCUCUCGCCGACGCUGCGCCGUGGGUCGUGCAGUCGAUCAAGCACUGGCCGACGUCACCGGAGCGCCAGCACAUCUUCCGAGCCUUGCGCCACCUGCACGAAGACACGUCGGACGCAGAUGACCCAUCGACGCGGGCGCCGCAGCACCAAGAAGGCUACGGUGGCGGGGGCUACGGCGGGGGCGGCUACGGCCUCGGCGGCUACGGCUAUGGCGGCAACCUCUCUCCGUUUGGGGGCGCCAACGCGAAUGCCGGUGCCGUCGCCAGCUCGUCGGCUCGGAACGAGGCCAGCUCGCUCAACAAGGCCAACGCGGGCACGUCGGCCGAGAAGAAAGCCGACCAAAGCGAUAUUUUUUACGAAAAGCUCAUCAUCUUCAAGAAGAGCCACAACCGCGUCAAGGAAGCGGCGGCGUCGGACCAAAACCACCUCAACAAGAACAGCGUGUCCCAGUCGGCCGAUCAGCUCAAGCUCGCCCAGCAGAGCCAAAACAUUAACUAG